AGAGAAUAGAUGUUCAUUUACUCCUCUAAUGUUCUAAAGGUUGAGCCACUCCUCUCUUAAUUUAAGAGCCACGCCUAUUCAACAUGGCGUCAUCUCAUGAUGGAGAGUCUUCAUAUUUCAGUUACUUGGAUGUCUUUUUAUUAGGAGUCUUCAUUCUCGUCCUUUUCCUGAUAGUUAGAAAGUUUAGGAGGAGAGCAAGAGGAGAUGAUGAGAGGGUUAAAAAGCUGCAAAUUAAUCCAGUUAUAAAACAGAUUUCUUCUCCUGUUUAUUCCUCCUCACUGAGUACGUCUGGUAGUUUUAUUGAUAAAAUGAAAACCCGAAAGAAAAGAGUAUUGAUUCUGUAUGGGUCUCAAACUGGCACUGGGGAAGAGUUCUCUAAUAGAUUAGCAAAGGACUCAUCUCGUUUAGGACUACCAGCCAUGACCUUUGACCCUGAGGACUGCACUGACUGGGAUGACCUUACUAGAGUAGGACAGGAAGUUGAAGGAUCACUUGUUAUUUUUGUAAUGGCCACUUAUGGAGAGGGAGACCCAACUGAUAAUGCUCAGGAAUUUUUUGACUGGUUAAAAGAAACUACUGAUAAUCUUCAAGGACUAAAAUAUACAGUCUUUGGAUUGGGUAAUAAAACAUAUGAACAUUAUAAUGAGAUGGGACGCUACGUUGAUCAGAGAUUAGAAGAAUUAGGAGGAGAGAGAAUAUAUGUGAGAGGAGAAGGAGAUGAUGAUGGAAACAUUGAAGAGGAUUUCAUUACAUGGAAGGAAGGUUUGUGGCCUGAGGUGAUGCAGUAUUUCAAAAUAGAUUCAAGUCAAGCAACAGCUGUUGGUAGAGAGUAUGAGUUCAGUCUUCAUACUGAGAUAUCAACUGAUGAAGUAUUUACUGGAGAACCAAACAGACUAGGAUCAUAUAAGAACCAGAAAGUCCCUUACAACAGUAAGAACCCAUUCCUGGCUCCAGUCACAGUUAUAAGAGAGCUACAUAAAGGAGGUGAUCGCUCUUGUAUGCACAUAGAACUGGACAUCACUGGUAGCAAGCUCUCUUAUGUAGCAGGAGAUCAUGUUGCCAUAUUCCCAAUGAAUGAUCCACAACAAGUUGAGAGGAUUGGGGAAUUAUUAGGAAUAGAUCUUGACUCUGUUUUCAGUCUCACUAAUGUUGACCCAGAAGCUACUAAACCACAUCCAUUCCCUUGCCCCACUAGUUAUAGGACUGCUCUCUCUCAUUAUGUUGAUAUUGCUGCUCCUCCUCGUACACACGAGUAUAAGAAACUUGGAGCUACAUUACUUUUCUUUGGUUGUCGUAAUUGUGCUCAUGAUUACUUGUAUCAGGAGGAGCUGGAGGAGUAUGAGAGUAAGGGAAUACUCUCUGGACUCUAUGUGGCCUUCUCACGAGAACAAGUAAAUUCAUAUGACAGUAUAAUUAAACUUAAUGUACCCCUUAAUGUACCCCAUUGGAACCCCACUAUAAUGUCCUCAUUGGAUUUGUUCAGAUUCAAUUUUGUAGGUUUGUGUCAAGUAGGGGUUAAAGGGAAAGAAGUUUGGGAACUUAUUGAGGGUCAAGGUUUCUUUUAUGUGUGUGGUGAUGCUCGUAAUAUGGCACGUGAUGUACAGAACACACUGUUGUCAAUAAUAAAGGAACACGGAGGAAAGACAGAGACAGAGGCUACUGAAUACAUUAAGAAGCUUCAGAAGAGAGGGCGCUACCUUCAGGAUGUGUGGUCAUGAACUGUAGGGUACUAUUAUAUAAUUUUCUAGGUAAAAAUAACAUUUUAUUAUUAUUAUUAUUAUUAUUAUUGAUAUUAAUUUUAUUUUUAUAAAUGAGUUUGUUCAUGUGAAGUUUGAUUUAAGAGGA